AUGGGCGUGUCUUUCAGGCUGAGCGAGGCGCUGUCGAUAAGUAAUGUCAUUGUGGCAUCUGCAAUCUACCUCGUCACAUUGGUUUUCUAUCGCCUUGUGCUACACCCUCUCGCGCGAUUCCCAGGCCCAAAACUAGCCGCUUCAACACUCUUGUACGAGGCAUAUUAUGAUCUCGUACGCAGCGGUCAGUAUACAUUCAAAAUUGCCGAGUUGCACGAAAAAUAUGGGCCCAUCAUUCGCAUAAGCCCCCACGAGCUUCAUAUAAACGACCCUUCCUAUUUCGAGAAGCUCUACCGUCAUGAUGGACGAUGGGACAAGUAUUCAUGGUCAUAUGAUGGGUUUGUUGCGCCAGGUUCCACGCUUUGCACUGCACCACACGAUUUGCACAAGGUCCGCCGACUUGCGCUCAACAAUUUCUUCUCCAAAGCCAAGGUCAUCGCACGACAGGAUAUUAUCCAGCGAAACGUUGCCAAGCUUUGUGACCGAAUCACAGAGCUAAAUGGUAAUACGUUUGACUUGGGAGCAGCCAUAAGCGCUGUCGCGCGUGACAUUGCAUGCCAAUAUAUCAUCAACAAGACAUAUGGAGCCUUAGAUAAAGAUGAUUUCAAUGUUGCCACGACACAAAUCUUGCAGCAAGGGGGAGUAAUGUGGCGUACCAACAAAUUUAUACCGUGGUUCAACCGAAUGAUGAGAUCGAUACCUCGAGGAUUGUUGGUAAAAACGGCCGACGAAAGCACAAAGGCAUUCUUUGAGUAUCUGGAGGAGAGCGGAGAAGACACGACGAAGCUUCUGAAAGAGGCGGCUACGCCUUCUGUCGAUGAGGCACCCCGCACCAUGGUCCAUGAAAUCUACGACUCCAAACUCCCUGCAUCCGAAAAGACAAUUUUGCGUGUUCAGCCAGACGUGUCAAUGACCACGGGCGCCGGUUUCGAAACAACAUCUGCAGUGCUGCGAUUAAUUGCAUUUCACAUAUAUAGCAACCCUGAAAUCCUUGAUCGCCUGCGGGCCGAACUCGCUACAUUGGCUGUUCCCGCUUCACCGGUAGGUGAAAACAUUGACGCAAAGAUGCUGGAGCAGCUACCUUACCUGACUUCGGUGCUCAUGGAGGGACUACGAUUGAGUCCGGCACUUUCCACGCGCAUGGCACGCAUCGCCCCCGAUAGAGAACUUGUGUACGACAAAUACUGCAUCCCAGCUGGAACGCCAGUCAGCAUGACAGUUAUUUUGAUGCACACAAACAAGGAACUAUAUCCGGAGCCACUGUCCUUUCGGCCUGACAGAUGGAUGGACCUUGAGGCUCGCAAGCGUCUGGAAAAGACGUAUGCCCCAUUCUCAAAGGGUACGAGAAUGUGUCUAGGCCUGCAUCUUGCCUGGGCAGAAAUGUAUCUCGUUAUCGCCGCCCUCGUGCAACGCUUCAACUUUGAAUUGCCAAGCGCCAAAGCAGAAGAUUUCGAAAUGGUGAGUGAUCGGUUCAUCAUUGGAACAAGAGCCGGCGCUACUUUGAAUGCUCGCGUAACCUUGUGCACAUCCUGA